UCGAUCAAUUCAACAUUUCGACCACGAACUUGCCACGAACUUCAAUUUUUACCUCCGCCAUGGACGUUUCAAGUAUACUAGCAUCCCAUAAUGCCAAAUAUCAACUAGUAACCGUCGAAAAGGAAACACCUAUCGAAGUCGACGCUGGUUUCCUAACGGUUACCGACGCAAAUUCAAUCGACGAAGAUACAUUUAACUCUAACAUUGAAGAGCAUUUACAAUCUCUUGCUCGAGACGGUGUACAAACUCUACUAGCAAAACUUUUCAGUCUUCCCACACUUCCUUCAUCGGAUGGCCCUCUUGCUCAAUUACCGCCACCAACGACACAAUUACCACGUUCAAAACCAUUACCGAAGAUAAAACCUUUGACAAAAUGGGAGCAGUUUGCCAAAGCGAAAGGCAUUCAGAAGAAAAGGAAGGACAAGAAGGUGUGGGACGAGGAAGGACAAGAGUGGGUCAACAGAUGGGGCAAGGAUGGGAAGAAUAAACAGGUUGAAGUUCAAUGGGCGACAGAAAUUAAACUCCAUGCUGCCGAAGAUCACGAUCCAAGGAAAGCUGCAAGAGAUGCACGGAAAGCACGGGUGGUUAAAAAUGAAAAGCAGCGUUUUGCAAAUACCGCGUGGGCGCAACGAGCAGUUGAAGCUCGUGAGCAACGUAAAACCGAAAUUCAGCGUACAUUGGCUCAGUCACGCCUAAGUACCGCAAGCAUGGGCAACUUCGACAAGAAGCUCGAGGGAGAAAAGAAACUGCGUGGAAUCAAGCGAAAGUUUGAACCGACUGAGAGGUCGGUGGAACAAGAAGCAAAGGCUUCGCUGGCGCUGCUUUCGCGUAUGGAGAGUGAUUCCAAGAAGAUGCGGAAAAAUCCUACCUCGGAGAAGAGUGUCCUCAACGUACGUAAAGCUGUCCGGUUCGCCAGUAAAGGGGAGGGUGGAGUUGCAUUGGGAAGAAAAACAGCAGGAGAAAAGAGCAAGAAGGGUGGCAAGAAGUGAUAACACCCUCAUACAGUUGCCCUAUGUGACAUAUAAGUAAAUCCAGUC